CAUUAACAUAUUGAAAAUCGUUGAAAUAACACGAGUUAUCGUUUCGUGCACAUAAAAAAUAAUAUUACUUCUACUGUUUCUAACUACUAAUGAUUUCUUUCUUUGACAGUAAUAAAAUGAUAAGAUAAAUUGUCAGUGAUUGUGGAGUCAAGUAUUGCGCCCGUGCAGUGUUCUCCCAUGUUCGAAUCAAGAUGGACCACGGAACGGCUGAGUUGGAAAAGAUAAAUACAAGUGAUGAAAAUGAAGUGAAAUCUCUUAAGGAUGUCGACUCGAAUCGACCGUUUCGGAGACAGGCCUUUGUUUCCAUGGGGUCAUUCCUCCUGUCCUUUAGUGCUGGAGCAACUGCUGGGAUCUCAGCCAUCAUUAUACCACAGCUGUUACAUGAGGAAGGAAGACAUAAAUAUAGUACAGAGAUGAUAUCCUGGGUAGCGGCCAUAGCUUCAUUUGCUUUACUCUUCGGCAACAUGAUAUCCGGGUACUUAAUGGAACGUUUUGGCAGAAGGAUGUCCCAAAUCAUCCUCUCAAUUUUCUACAUGAGUGGCUGGCUGAUCAUUGGAUUUUCAUCGAACAUCUACUACAUGCUAGUUGGGAGAUUUAUCACAGGAUUUUGUCAAGGAUGGCUAGGCCCAUUAGGACCUGUUUUUAUUGGAGAAAUAAGUUCACCAGCCUAUAGAGGAUUAUUCUUGGCUGGCCUGUCCUUAAGCAUUGCAUCUGGCGUGUUCAUGUCUCAUUUGUUUGGAACAUUUCUUCAUUGGAGUCAUGCAUCAAUUCUUUGUGCGCUGUUUCCGUUGCUCGGAUGUGUUAUUCUAUAUUUUUCACCCGAAUCGCCUUCCUGGCUUGCAUCUAAAAACGAUAUCGACAAAUGCAAAAAAUCAUUUUAUUGGUACAGAGGUACAAGUUUAGUGAUGCAGAACGAGCUAGACAAAAUGUUAGCCGAAUACGAGAAGAAAAAAGAAGUGAAACCCAAAUGGGAAACUUUGAAAGAUAAUAUACAGAAACCAGAGUUUUGGAAACCUCUUUGCAUAAUGAUUGUAUUCUUCAUAGUCACACAGUUGUCUGGUAUAAAUGUCAUAUGCGCGUACACAACAGAUAUAAUGAAAGUGCUCAUAGGAAACAAUAAAAACACGUACACGGCUAUGUUGGCAACUGAUAUUUUACGAGUUGUAGCCCUUAUUUCUGCUUGUAUCCUCCUUCGCAGAAUAGGACGGAGACCCUUGGCUAUAUUUAGUGGUGUAUUUACAACACUAUCUUUAAUAACACUAUCCAUAUAUUUAUAUCUUGUUGAAAAGAGGAUUAUACGGCAUAUAUCACCGCUGAUAUCUUUAGGAUUAAUGGCUGUAUACAUUGUAGUAUCUAAUUUAGGUAUAUCACCAUUACCAUGGAACAUGGUUGGUGAAGUAUUUGCAUCAGAAACAAAAGGAUUAGGUUCUGGUAUUAGUGUUAUGAUGACUUCUAUGGCCUAUUUUGGAACUGUAAAAACUGCGCCCGCCAUGUUUCAUACUAUAGGACACCAUGGCACCUAUUUGUUCUAUGGCUUAUCUACUCUCUGUGGUACAGUCUUCUUAUACUUCUUCCUUCCUGAAACCAGAGGUAAAACUCUAUUACAAAUAGCAGAACAUUUUAGGUACGGAAAUAAAGAAAAAAGUAAAGAAUCAAAUAAUCACUGCGUAUAAUGAGGUUUGAAGAACCGCUUAAUGUCAAUGUGAUAAGAUAACACGUAAAACAGGUCAAUAGUUUUACGUAAUAGGAUUCAAUUCAUCAAUUUGAUAGUCUCAGUACAUUAGGCUAUAAUGAAUAAUUGUUAUCAUAAUUCAAAUAAUAAAUUAGAUAUGGAGUAAUUUAGGAAACGUUAGAUGUAACUAACUGUAUUUUGUCACAAAAAUUUUCUAAACCGCUAGUAAUAAACAUACUACUUAACCUCAUUAGAUGCUCACAUAGAUGUCUUUGAGAAACAUUAAAAGCUUAAUGGAUAUUGAGUAUGUAACGGCCGUCUUUACAUAUGGAAACAAAUUGGAAAAGUGCACGUUGUAUCGCCCCAAGUGUUUACGGAUGCACCGUUGCUAAUAAAAACAGUAGACAAUUUCACAGUCCGUUUAAGAUGGACAAGUGGCACGCUUCUGUUUCAACAAGUUAUGAAUUUCUUCCUGUUGUGACACGUGGGUAUGACCCGAGUGAUUCGCAUCUGCAAGGAUUUUUUUUCUAAAACACCGUUUCCCACGUUACUAUGGUACGCGACUUGUUUUUGUGCACCACAAAAAGUGAGAGUAACAUCUGGUGGUGUGGUUAUUUUUGGAGUACAAUUUGAGGACGAGGAAGUAUACCCAGUCGUAUAUCAGUUAAAGCACGAAGUAAAUAUUUCUUAAGUAAUUAAUGCCUCAUUUGUACUUGAUCUUAUUAUGUUUUCAAUUCUAUCGUUAUAUCAACCUGUACAGGGAAAAUAGAACUACAUAUUUAUGAUACAUUAGUAUGAAUUCAAAAUUAGAACAAUUAUGAUUAUAGAAUAAUGAAUUCUGUUACAAUUUAAAAAAAAUAUGCGGAUACAUUUAUAUCGAAUUGCACAGACUAGUAACAAAACAAAGAAAAGAUAAAAAGAAGACAUUACAACAAUGACUGAAAAACAAAAUUCAUUUAACAAAUAUAUAAUUUUUUGUACCUACUGUGUACUGUUUCACAAUGUCCGGAUAAGUUCCAAAUAAGCUAUUUGUUACUUA